UGAUAGAAAAUGUGGGGGUGGAAAGUUUUUUUUUUUGUUUUUUUAAUUAGAGAUAUGUUAGAAUUACAUUUAUGUGAGACUUUGAAAAAAAAACAGCAAAAUUUGGUUGUGUGAAAUUACAUUUCUACCCCAUAUUUCCUAUUCAUGUACCAAUUUAAUUAAAGAAUUAAAUUGAUAAUUUCAUAGGAUUUUGGUUGAUAACUAGUGUUUUAUUAAUUAUAUUAAAUAAAUAAUAAUAAUAAAUUUCACCAAAACAACCCCCGUAUCCGGCUGCCACGUUUGGACUGUUGAAGACGAAACGAAAACGAAACCCGCUCAUUUCUACGACCUUAACCACCAACCCGAAACAAUUACAGAGACUCUUCCCACUUCCCAGAAUCCCAGUCCACCUCCCUCUCUCUCUCUCUCUCUCCCUCUCUCUCUCUCUCUCUCUCUCUCUCUCUCUGUGCGUAUCUGCACUCAUUUAAUGAAAAAUAAACCUUGAGAGAUAACCAUGGCAUGCUCGCACGACCCUGGCAUGCUCGAAUCCAAUCGGGAUAUCAUAAUUUAUGAAUGGAUCUGAGAGAAUCCAACAGCAGGAGGCGACUUUCACCGCAACCGAACCCCGCAGGUCGUAACAAACUUGUCUCCGCCGCUUGGUUCGCCCCGUCGAAAUCCAGGCUGAUUAGUCCGAUGAAUUUGACCAAGAUAUUGGCUGCUCUUUUGGUCUCUCUCCCAGUUCUCGUCACCCUCUCUCUCGUUCUUCGAAACCCGUCUCCCGAUCGCAUCAAAGGCUUUGCUGACGCCAGAAUUAUCGAAAGACUCGUAACAAAUGACACAUCAUCGUCGUCCAGCUCAGAUGGUUUCUCAGAUCAUACCCACAUGCCCAAAGACAAGCUACAAGAUGGACUAAUUGCUCCCGGAUUUGAUGAAGCCUCUUGCUUGAGCAGAUAUCAAUCCAAUUUAUACAGAAAAAUUUCACCCCAAAAACCAUCUUCUCAUCUUCUCUCCAGACUGAGAAGCUAUGAAGAUCUUCACAAGAAGUGUGGACCCCACACCAAAUCCUACAACAAAACCCUAGAACAGCUAAAGUCCAGUAGCCCUAGCACUGGCGUUGACAGUUCAGAAGAGUGCAAGUAUGUGGUUUGGAUAUCGUACAGUGGCUUGGGGAACAAGAUACUGACCAUAUCUUCUGCUUUCCUCUAUGCCCUGCUCACAAACAGAGUCCUUCUUGUCGACCCCGGAAAGGACAUGGCCGACCUCUUCUGCGAGCCCUUCCCUGAAAACUCAUGGCUGUUGCCUGAUGACUUCCCUGUUAAAGACCGAUUUGAUGCAUUUGAUCAGAAAUCUCCUCAUUGCUACGGGAAUAUUUUGAAAUCGGAGAAUAACAAGAUCGCAACCACUUCGCCAUCAUUUUUGUAUCUUCAUCUGGCCCAUGAUUAUGAUGAACAAGAUAAGCUCUUUUUCUGCGAUGAUGAACAAAGUCUGAUCGAGAAAGUUCCUUGGCUGAUUAUGAGAACAGAUAACUACUUCGUUCCAUCGCUUUUCUUGAUGCCCUCUUUUGAGCAAGAACUCGAAAAGCUUUUCCCGGAAAAGGAAACUGUUUUCCACCACUUGGGUAGGUAUCUUUUCCACCCUUCAAAUCAUGUAUGGGGGCUGAUCACAAGGUACUACCAAGCUUACUUGGCAAAGGCAGAUGAGAGGAUUGGGAUUCAAGUUCGAACUUUCGAGGCAGGGCCUAGCCCGCUUAGGCAUGUGAUGAACCAAAUCUAUGCAUGUGCUUUCAGGGAGAAGUUGCUGCCUCGGGUGGAAAGGAAGAAACCAAUCGUCACAUCUUCAGCAGGGAUGCCGAAACUGAAGUCGGUUUUAAUUACUUCUUUGACCUCAGGGUAUUCUGAGGAUGUGAGGAACAUGUACUGGGAACAUCCGACUGUGAAUGGGGACACAAUCGGGGUUUUCCAGCCAAGUCACGAAGGGCAUCAGCAGACGGAUAAGAAUCUGCACGACCAGAAAGCUUGGGCUGAAAUGUACCUGCUGAGUUUGUGUGAUGUGCUGGUCACAAGUGCAUGGUCGACUUUUGGGUACGUGGCUCAAGGUCUUGGAGGUCUUAAACCGUGGAUUCUGUACAAGCCGGAGAAUCGGAAGACGCCGGAUCCACCUUGCGGUCAAGUUAUGUCGAUGGAGCCGUGCUUCCAUGCUCCACCAUUUUAUGACUGCAAGGCGAAGAAAGGAGUAGAUACGGGCGCACUUGUGCCUCAUGUGAGGCAUUGUGAGGAUAUGAGCUGGGGACUCAAGCUAGUUGAUAGUCACGAAUCUCAUGAUCAGUUGUAGUUUUUUUCUUAAAUGUAAUGCGAGGUAGUAAUUUAUUUAUGCACGAUUGUUGAUAUGGUCAAUUUUUUCCCUUCAAGUC